CACUACGCUAAAACUGAAUCCAAGAUGGCGCCGUUACCGGAAGCUAGUUAUUAUAGUUUAUAAAGUUUAAAAACUGGAUAUUUUUCUUACAAAACUGCAUAGAUUACCCACAGAAGACCUUUAUUAACCCACUGAAGAUGUUUGGAUUACCUCUGUGAAGGAUGGAUGCACUUUUUGGGGGUCAGAAGUUGUUCGCUGAUCACUGUUUUGCUUGGAAGAGCAAGGAUAUACUAAUAAACUACCACACAUGCAGCAUUACAGACUAGGGCUGUGCAAAAAAAUAUAUCGAUAUUUCGAUCUCUACUAUCGAAAUUCGGCUCUAUUUUUUUUUUUUAAACAUUUUUGAUUAAAAAAGUAUUGCAAUGGAUCGUAUCGGGAGGCCCUUGCCAAUACCCAGCCCUAUUACAGAAAGUACUAAAAUACAACCUUUAGGAAAAUACAGUGACACCGCCAAUAAUUUAAAGCUGGGCAACACAAUUAAAAAGUGCAGGACUUCUGGAGAGAUUACUUGCACGGGUUACACGUUUCUUUUCAGCAACAUCAACUUGAUAUUGACCCAUCGAUUUUGUAUGUAGAUAGGAAAUUGUAUUUCUGAAUGCUGUGCAUGUAACCAAACCAUUAACUGAGCUCCAAUUCAGAAUUAAACACACAGAUGUCUCACCCAGUGGUUCAAGUGGAAAGACAAAGUCUUAGUGGGCGUCCAAGGACUGUAAUACCUAUAGGACACAUCGUCUAUCUACUGAAGAUCGGACUUCCUGUCAAAACGAUUUCUCGUUUGCUGGGAGUUUCUCGAGCGACUCUCUUUAGGAGGCUGACAGAGAACAACCUAACGGUUCGAGGACUGUACAGUAGCUGCACCGAUGAAGAACUCGAUCAACUUGUUUCAAAAGUAAAGGAAAUGAUGCCGCAUGCAGGUUACAGGUUGAUUAAAGAAGCACUGAAAGCACAAGGUUACCGACUACAGUGGAACAGAGUACAAGCAGCAAUACAGCGAGUAGAAAGUGUUGGGAUUCAGUCAAAAACCACUCAGUUGGGAACAAACUCAGUGCCGUGUCCAAAGUACUUAGUACAUGUAGACACAAACCAUAAACUUAUCAGGUACAAUAUUGUGAUCUUCGCAGGCAUUGAUGUCUUUUCACGUAAGAUAAUGUACCUGAGAGCUGCAGACAACAACCGAUCUGACACAACCCUGUCAUUUUUCAGCCAGGCUGUUGAGAAAUUUGGAUGCCCACUAAAAGUUCAAGCUAAUCACGGAGGAGAAAAUGUUGGUGUGGCUCGGUUGAUGUUUACUGUACGUGGAUCAGACAGUAACUGUUUUAUAGCAGACAAAAGUGUCCACAGUCACAGAUUAGAGAGCCUCUGGCGUGAUCUCUGGAUAGGGGUCACUAGCUUAUUCUGCCAUAUUUUACACACAUUAGAGGAACAGGACAUGCUGGAUCUGAGCAGCGCUCUUCAAUUAUUUUGCUGCCAUUUUGUGUUUUUGCCCCGACUGCAAGCAAACCUAGAUUUGUUUCAUGAGAGAUGGGACAACCACCCACUCACAACGGAGCAAAACCUCACACCAAACCAGCUGUGGGAGAUCGGACAGAUGAAAAAUCCCAUUGCCAAAUCAGAGGAGAUGACCAUUCCUGAUAUCAAAAGAGAGGAUAGUGGAUCUAUCGAAGAUAAACACACGGCGAUGAAUGAUCCACAGUUUAAAGGGCCUAUAAGUCCUGAACAUAUGGAGCAGUUAAGACAACAUAUUAAUCCUUUACAACCCUCCAAGUACAAUGGCAUGGACAUUUAUAUGAGCACAGUCCAGUUUGUGCAAAAUCUGCAUAGAGAAAAGUAGAUCUUGUUGCAUGUACUGUGCUUUUCAU